GUCUCCGUGGCCUGCGGUGUAGGCGGCGGUCAUGGCGGCGGGUGCCACCGGCGAGCCGGAGAUGGCUGAAGUGCUGCCCCAGCACAAGUUCGACCUCAAGUCCCUAGAGGUCUACCUAAACCAGCACCUGCCUGGUUUUGGGGCCGAGCCCGAAGCCACUCUGACCGUUGCCCAGUACAGAUUCGGACAGUCCAAUCCAACCUUUUAUCUCCAGAAGGGCAUUCAAGCAUAUGUACUCAGGAAAAAACCACCAGGUUCACUUCUACCUAAAGCACAUAAGAUCGAUAGAGAAUUUAAAGUCCAAAAAGCUUUGUUUUCAGUUGGAUUCCCCGUUCCCAAGCCUUUGCUGUACUGCAGUGAUGCUUCUGUCAUUGGAACAGAAUUUUACGUGAUGGAACAUGUGCAGGGUCGAAUCUUUCGUAAUUUCACAAUUCCUGGUGUUAGCCCAGCAGAACGCUCAGCCAUAUAUGUGGCCAUGAUCGAAACCUUGGCUCAGAUACAUUCCUUGAAUAUACAGUCAUUGCAGCUGGAAGAAUAUGGUACAGGUGCUGGGUACUGCAAAAGACAGGUAUCAAUCUGGACAAAGCAAUAUCAAGCUGCAGCUCAUCAGGACAUUCCUGCCAUGAAACAGCUAUCUGAGUGGCUAAUGAAAAACUUGCCAGAUAAUGACAAUGAGGAGAAGUUGAUUCAUGGAGAUUUCAGACUAGAUAACAUAAUUUUUCAUCCUAAAGAGUCCCGAGUCACAGCAGUAGUGGACUGGGAGCUCUCAACCAUUGGUCAUCCUUUGUCAGACUUAGCUCAUCUUUCCAUGUUCUACUUUUGGCCAAGGACAGUUCCACUGAUAAAUCAAUAUCCUGAUAUUCAAGAAAAUAUAGGGAUACCAUCAAUGGAAGAACUGAUUUCUAUAUAUUGCCGCUGCAGGGGAAUUAGUUCUAUUCUUCCUAACUGGAAUUUCUUCCUUUCCCUUUCAUAUUUUAAAAUGGCUGGAAUAGCACAGGGAGUAUAUAGUAGAUAUCUUCUGGGAAAUAAUUCAUCUGAGGAUAGCUUUCUGUUUGCCAAUGUUGUGCAACCUUUGGCAGAAACUGGAUUACAACUCUCAAAAAGGACUUUCAGUGCUGCACUACCACAGACUGAUACCACCAGACAGUUGUUUGUACAGACUAGGAAAGGCCAGGAAGUUCUGACUAAGGUGAAGCAUUUCAUGAAACAACACAUCCUUCCUGCUGAAAAGGAGGUAAUUGAGUUCUUUGUUCAAAAUGAAAAUUCACUGGAGAAGUGGAGAAAACCUUUAGUGAUUGAUAAACUCAAGGAAAUGGCCAAAGCAGAGGGCCUCUGGAACUUGUUUUUACCAGCUGUAAGCGGUCUCAGCCAGGUGGACUAUGCCUUGAUUGCUGAAGAAACAGGAAGAUGCUUUUUUGCUGCAGAUGUCUUUAACUGCCAAGCACCAGACACUGGGAACAUGGAGGUACUGCACCUAUAUGGAAGUGAGGAGCAAAAGCAGCAAUGGCUUGAGCCUCUUCUUCAAGGGAACAUUGCCUCCUGCUUCUGUAUGACAGAGCCUGAUGUAGCUUCAAGUGAUGCCACAAAUAUUGAAUGUAGCAUCCAACGAGAUGGAGAUAGCUAUGUAAUUAAUGGCAAGAAAUGGUGGAGCAGUGGAGCUGGGAAUCCCAAGUGCAAAAUUGCAAUUGUUUUGGGAAGAACUAAAACAACUUCUGUAUCCAGACACAAACAGCACAGCAUGAUUCUUGUUCCUAUGAACACACCUGGAGUACAAGUAAUAAGGCCUUUGUCAGUUUUUGGCUACAUGGAUCAUUUCCAUGGAGGACAUUUUGAGAUCCAUUUUAAUCAAGUGCGAGUUCCUGCAACAAAUUUAAUAUUAGGUGAAGGCAGGGGAUUUGAAAUUUCCCAAGGCCGCCUUGGGCCUGGCAGAAUCCACCACUGUAUGAGAACAGUAGGUGUGGCAGAAUGUGCUCUGCAGAUCAUGUGCGAACGGGCAGCACAAAGGGUAGCCUUUAAGAAGAAACUGUAUGCACACGAGGUUGUAGCUCACUGGAUUGCUGAAAGCCGCAUUGCCAUUGAGGAGAUCCGUUUGUUGACCCUGAAAGCCGCCCACCUCAUUGACACUCUGGGCAGUGCUGGUGCUAAGAAGGAGAUUGCAAUGGUCAAAGUGGCUGCCCCACGAGCUGUCUGCAAAAUCAUUGACCUGGCCAUUCAGGUGUGUGGAGGUGCAGGUGUUUCCCAGGAUUACCCUCUGGCUAACAUGUAUGCCCUAACCCGGUCUUUGCGCUUAGCAGACGGACCUGAUGAAGUCCACCUCUCAGCAAUUGCAAAAAUGGAGCUGCAGGACCAAGCCAAAGGGUUGACAGCCAAGAUGUAAGGAGAGUAACACCACCAUCUCUCUUGGGCAGAAACUCUCCUUUAUACAAAUUUAACCUGCCCCAGCAUUUGAAUCUCAUAUUUUGCAGCAGGUUGAGCACAGGGUUAAAUAUUCACUUGUGGUAAAGAUUUAGUCUGUUUUGAUAAGUGGCUUUUAUAGUCUCUAGGGUUAAAUAAGAACUUCUGUAGCUGUUGUCAUUUAGUCUAUUUCCUAAGUAGCUUAGCAUUAACUUUUUAAACACAACUUGAAAAGAGAUCAUGAAGUAAAUUGGAGUGCCAAAGCAUAGACAAAUAUUUUUACUUUCUAAUUUUCAGGAAUUGUUCUGAUUUUCAGGAAUUGUUCUAUGUAAGUAAGUAACUCCAGGAAUUGCUUUGGAAAAAAAUACAGUGGGAUCCCUUUUUCUUUGUUUUAUUUUAUUUUUUUUUUAUGGUACUCCUUUUUAACACUGUUUUUUUUAGGGGUUAGUUUAACACUUUGCAGUAAUGUUUGCUCUAGAGAAAGAAGCAUGACUGGGUUGUUUUAGAAUUCAUGCAAUUAUAAGAUUCUUCAUAAUUCAACAGGAAGCAGUUAUGCAUAAAAUCUGAAUGCAGUGAAAGUUUACUAGAAAACAUGGCAUAUUAUAAGGAAAUAUAAUUAAGAACCACUUUAAUUAUUUAUAAAACAUUGAUGAGAACACUGGACAGUUUGAGCUACAAGAAAGUUUUUUUUUGUUUCCAAAAGGAAUUAAAGACAGUCUGCUCUGAAUGCCAUCAUGUUAAUAGCAACACCCCAUGGUGUUAAUAGCAAAUGUUCUUGUGGCUGUCUGUGUCAGCUCUGUCCUAUAUAGUAUAGCUAUUGGCUGCAUGUGACUAUCAAGCACUUGAAAUGUGGCUAGUGCAGCUGAGGAACUGAAUUUUUAAUUUUUUAAAAUUUUAAUUAAUUUGAAUAUCAAUUCUCAACUCAGUUAUUGGAAAACUUUUAAGUAUGCUUGGAAUAAAUUGGGUAUGUGAACCAUAGUUUUUCAAUUGUACCCAGUUACUUUUUCAACUGUAAAUUUUAUGACAUCUAAAU